AUGACAGGCGGGGGACCAGCUGAAGAGGCAAAUUACGAGGCUUUGGAAAAGGUUCCUGUGGGCACUAAUCCGGAAAUAUUCUUUCAAGUCGGCUUGGAAUUACCUCCCCAAGAGAAAGCAUUGCUGAUUGAUUUCCUCAGGGAAAAUGUGGACGUGUUUGCAUGGGACGCCUACGAGGCCCCAGGGGUCGAUCAGAACUUCAUAUGCCAUCACCUUAACGUUAAUCCGGUCGUUACGCCCAAGAAGCAAUCCCCUCGGCGCCCGUCGGAAAAGCAUGCUAAUGCGGUCAAGAAGGAAGUGAUGAGACUUAAAAAAGCAGGGGCUAUCAAAGAAGUUUUCUACCCUAAGUGGCUGUCCAAUACAGUCAUGAUAGAUCGGUUGGUGGACUCAACCGCGAGACAUCCUCGAAUGAACUUCUUAGACGCCUUUCUAGGAUACUAUCAGAUACCCUUGGCUGCAGACGACCAAGAAAAGACAACUUUUGUCACCCCCAUCGGAAACUACCACUAUAAAGUGAUGCCUUUUGGUUUGAAGAACGCCGGUUCCACCUACCAGAGGAUGAUGACCAGGAUGUUUGAGCCGCAAAUGGGUAAGAGCAUCGAAGUCUAUAUAGAUGACAUGGUAGUAAAGAGUAAAUUAGUGUCCGAGCAUGUGAGGGACCUCGGUGACAUCUUUGGAGUCCUGAGGAGACACAGGCUGCACCUUAACGCUUCUAAAUGUUCAUUCGGAGUGGGAUCAGGAAAGUUCUUGAGCUAUAUGGUGACCCACAGGGGUAUCGAAGUCAGCCCCAACCAAAUUAGAGCUAUCCAUAGCAUGCAGCCUCCUCGAAACCCCAAGGAGGUCCAAAAGCUCACUAGCAUGAUUGCCACUUUGAACUAUUUUAUUUUUCGUUCGGCGGAUAGGUGUAGGCCUUUCUUUCUCUUGUUAAACAAGUGGAAAGGGUUCGAAUGGACUGAAGAAUGCGCCUUGGCCUUCCAACAGGUCAAAGAGUAUCUGUCUCGGCCACCAGUCAUGUCUAGCCUUGAAGCCGAUGAGGUUUUAUUCGCCUACAUCGUCGUGGCCCCUCACGCAGUGAGCUUGGUGCUGAUCCGAAUGGACAAUAGCAUACAACGGCCUGUCAAUUACGUGAGCAAGUCGUUGCACAAGGCUGAAAUUCGUUACCUCCCCCUGGAAAAGGCCAUCCUGGCGAUCGUUCAGGCCACGCGAAAACUCCCCCAUUAUUUCCAGGCACACAUAGUAGUUGCUUUAACCCAACUCCCACUCAGGUCUAUACUCCGAAGUGCCGAUUGCACAGGGAGAAUUGCUAAGUGGGAGACCAUUCUUGGCACCUUCGACAUCAAGUACAUGCCUCGCAACGCCGUGAAGGGCCAAAUCCUUGUGAAUCUGAUGACUGAGUUUGCUAAACCCUCACCAGAAGAAGGGAGAGGGAUGCCAAACAUGGAUAAAAAAUUCGUUGGCACAAUCUCUCAGCAGGGGCCCACCUGUUGGAAAGCAUACGUCGACGGUGCAGCAAAUCAAAGGGGCUCUGGGGUGGGACUCGUCUUGAUUUCCCCCGAGGGGAUUACCAUCGAAAAAUCACUAAGACUAGGCUUUUCGACUAUGAAUAACGAGGCAGAAUAUGAAGCCCUAUUGGAAGGAAUUUCUAUGGUCGAGAAAUUGGGUGGGAAAUCCAUAAACAUGUUCUCGAACCCAAGACUUGUUGUAGGUCAAGUAAAUGGGGAAUUGGAGGCAAGGGAUGAAAGAAUGCAAGAGUACCUAGACCAAGCUAAACGCAUGCGGUCGCGUUUUAACUCUUUUAGCCUACUACACGUAUCCAGAAGUGGAAACAUUCAUGCCGAUUCUCUUGCCAUGUUGGCCACCUCCUCGGCUCAAUGUUUACCUCGGGUUAUACUUGUGAAAGAUCUACACAGGCCCUCAGUGAUGAAGGCCGAGAUGAUACAUGUCCACAGCGUCAGAGCGGGGCCUAGCUGGAUGGAUCCUUUAAUACAGUUUUUAAAGGAGGACGUCUUACUCCAAGAGAAGAGCGAGGCCGACAAGCUUAGAAGAAAGGCUUCUCGAUUCUGGUUGUCUGAGGACUUGAAACUGUAUAAGCGCUCAUUUUUAGGACCGUACUUGCUCUGCGUGCACCCUGAUGCCACAGAGCUUAUCUUAGAGGAAUUGCACGAAGUAAUUUGCGGGAGCCAUACAGGGGGCAGGUCCUUAUCCCAUAGAGCCAUAACCCAAGGUUACUGGUGGCCGAACAUGCAGAAAGAGGUGCACGAAUACGUGAAGAAGUACAACCAAUGCCAGAGGUUUGCCCCAAAUAUACAUCAACUGGGCGGGACCCUUAAUCCGCUGUCCAGCCCUUGGUCGUUCGCAUAA